CUGUGGGUACGCAGGCGCAGUGAGCGACGGUGAAGCCGGCGGCCGGUGGCCUCUGGGACCGACAAAGAUGGCGGCGGACCCGGCGGCGGGAGCGACCUGGGCGACAGCUGCGGCUGAAGCUGCAGUCGGGCCCGCGGGGGUGCUUCACGGGGGCAGUGGGGGUUGGCCUUGAGCUGGGGCCUGGCUCCGGCUGGCCUUCCCCGCCGCCUCACCGGGGGACAGGUCUAGCCUGUGGUGUCCACAAUGCCCCAGGCCUCUGAGCACCGCCUGGGCCGGACACGAGAGCCACCUGUUAAUGUCCAGCCCCGAGUGGGAUCCAAACUACCAUUUGCCCCCCGGGCCCACAGCAAGGAGAGCCGAAACCCAGCCCCUGGGCCGAACCCCCUGUUACGACCUCUGCCUCCCCGGCCGGGUCCACCUGAGGAACGGCUCAAGAAGCUGGAGCUGGGACGGGGACGGACCUCAGGCCCUCGUCCCAGAGGCCCCCUUCGGGCAGAUCAUGGAGUCUCCCUGCCUGGCUCACCACCCCCAACUGUAGCGCCUCCUCUCCUGUGCAGGACCAGCCUAGCUCGUUCCAAGUCUGUGAGCAGCGGGGACUUGCGUCCAAUGGGAACUGCCUUGGGCGGGCAUCGAGGCACGGGAGAGCUAGGGGCUGCACUGAGCCGCUUGGCGCUCCGGCCUGAGCCCCCUCCUUUGAGACGGAGCACCUCUCUCCGCCGCCUCGGGGGCUUCCCUGGGCCCCCCACCUUGCUCAGCAUACAGACAGAGCCCCCUACUUCCCACGGCACCUUCCAUGUGAUAUCUGCCCGGCCCUCCGAGCCUUUCUACUCCGGUGACAAGAUGGCUCCCCACACACUGCUUCUUGGCUCUGGUCAUGUUGGCCUCCGAAAUCUGGGGAACACGUGCUUCCUCAACGCCGUGCUGCAGUGUUUGAGCAGCACUCGGCCUCUUCGGGACUUCUGUCUGCGAAGGGACUUCCGGCAAGAGGUGCCCGGAGGGGGCAGAGCCCAAGAGCUCACUGAAGCCUUUGCAGAUGUGAUUGGUGCCCUGUGGCACCCUGACUCCUGUGAAGCUGUCAAUCCUACUCGGUUCCGAACUGUCUUCCAGAAAUACGUUCCCUCCUUCUCUGGAUACAGCCAGCAGGAUGCCCAAGAGUUCCUGAAGCUCCUCAUGGAGCGGCUACAUCUUGAAAUCAAUCGCCGGGGCCGCCGGGCCGCGCCGCUCCUGGCCAGCAGCGCAGCACCCUCGCCACCCCGCCGCGGAGGGGCUCUGCUAGGCGAACCUGAGUUAAGUGACGACGACCGCGCCAACCUAAUGUGGAAGCGUUACCUGGAGCGAGAGGACAGCAAGAUUGUGGACCUGUUUGUGGGCCAGUUGAAAAGCUGUCUCAAGUGCCAGGCCUGUGGGUAUCGCUCCACGACCUUCGAGGUUUUUUGUGACCUGUCCCUGCCCAUCCCCAAGAAAGGGUUUGCUGGGGGCAAGGUGUCUCUGCGGGACUGUUUCAGCCUUUUCACCAAGGAAGAAGAGCUGGAGUCGGAGAACGCCCCGGUGUGUGACCGAUGCCAGCAGAAGACACGAAGCACCAAAAAGUUGACAGUACAAAGAUUCCCCAGGAUCCUCGUGCUCCAUCUGAACCGAUUUUCUGCCUCCCGAGGCUCCAUCAAGAAAAGUUCAGUCGGCGUAGACUUUCCGCUGCAGCGGCUGAGCCUAGGGGACUUUGCCAGUGAUAAAGCCGGAAGCCCUGUGUAUCAGCUGUAUGCCCUUUGCAACCACUCGGGCAGCGUUCACUAUGGCCACUACACAGCCCUGUGCCGGUGCCAGACUGGUUGGCAUGUCUACAAUGACUCUCGUGUCUCCCCUGUCAGUGAAAACCAGGUGGCAUCCAGUGAGGGCUACGUGCUGUUCUACCAGCUGAUGCAGGAGCCAGCCCGGUGCCUGUGACACCCCCUUUGAGCCCUGGCACCUGUGAAACUCGUGCAACGCCCUUAAGCCCCAGGCUUCCCAUUUACCUCAGAGACGUCUAUUUUUGUGUCUUUUUAAUGGGGCGGGGGACGGCGUGGUUGUAGCUCCCAUUAUUUUUUUUAUUCUGAAGUACCCUUCCACGUGGAGGUCCCCUGUCUCCCGGCCCCAUGUACAGAGGCCCGUGCCCGUGUACAGCCCCCAGACCUCUACAAUCUCACUUUUUGUGAAUAAAUUUAUUAAGAAAACGUGACGUCCUUAUCUGUAUUUGUGCUCGGGGCGGGCCGCGCUGGAGUCUUCCUGCGGCGCGUUGAUGUCGACUUUGCCCAAGCAGUGAAGGUUUGCUUUGGGAGGAAAGAGGGACGCCUGGACCAGAGGGCGGGCACUGGCGCGACGGGGUUUGCGGCCGAAAGGGGCUGCGCCCGGCACCCCAGGACCGUGUUGACAAACACUGGGUGCGUUGCCGGGCGGCCGUCGCUCCCGCAGGCCCAGGCUGUUGCUAACCAGGGAGCCGCGUGUGGAGCCGCCUCCCCGCGGACCAGCCUCCAGGGUCCCCAUCCAGUGUCCCCACAGCCGAACCUCACGGGGCCGUCCCCCCGGGGUCUCACCGUCGCUGGGCCUGGAAUUCGGCGCAGGGCAGCGCCGACCAGGACGCAGCUCCCGCCGCCGCGGCCCGGGGGAAGGCAGCGUUGGACACGGCCGCUCGCACCCACCCGGCACCCGACCCGCUAACAUCGGGCUCCACGCCGCAGCCUGUGCGACCCGUUCGGGGUUUUCAUUGGUGAGUGGCAUCCGGGGCCUUCCAGGACCCACCAAUCCAGAAGCAGGAAAUGCUGCGCCUGCGCGAGCCGCGAGGAUCCGCGGGACGGCGAGUCUGAGGGACCCAAAGGGCUGGGGGUGGAAGCGGCGCGGCCCGAUAGCGCGGGUGUGGCCCUUACCCGCCUUCCCGCGGAGCGCCGGCGGGAAGUCCUGCUCCUGCCCGCCACCUGGUCCUUCCUCUCGUCCUCUCGUCCCUCUCGCGGCUUGUCCUCCUCGCCCCUCGCCCCAGGCUCCCAAUGGGCCGGACCGUGGUCGUGCUGGGCGGAGGCAUCAGCGGCUUGGCCGCCAGUUACUACCUGAGCCGGGCUCCGUGUGCCCCCAAGGUGGUCCUGGUGGAGGGCAGUGAGCGUCUG